AUGGACAAUCCCGAGUGCACUCUCGAUAGCAACCUUUACAAACAAAAUGAAAUCGGUUUCGAUUUAUGGCAAGUCAAAUCUGGUACCAUCUUCGAUAAUGUUCUCGUCACUGAUGAUGUAUACAAUGCAAAGAAAGAAUUGUCGGGUCUUAAAGAUAAACAAGACGGCGAAAAGAAGGUUAAAGAAGAACAAGACAAAGUCGAAAGAGAAUCUGCCAGUGAAGAUGUAAAGAAAGAUGAUGAUGAUGAUGAGGAUGAUGAUAAUGAUGAACAUGUGCCACAAGAAACAUAA